AUGCAGACACUGCUUGAGGCUUUGAUAUGCGCCUUCUUGACCAUCAAAGUGUUCCGCAAGAAGCUGCCAUGGAACUCUCCCAUGGAUUGUCUCACGGACCCUAGUCUUGCGCCGAUGGACAAGUACUUUCGACGAUGCUUAGAAGCGAAGAGGGUCAAAUACGAGAAGGUAGUGCAUGCAGCUGCUUUCGACCAGAUCAAAGACGAGGAAUUCCAGAACACCACAGUCAUGGAAGCGGCAGAGGUACUGACAACUGAGUUCGCGUUCACCGUUAUGGACCAGAUCACUCUGUUCCGAAAGGGCCGCACUCCGACGGAUGGCUGGUACCGAAGGUUUUUGGACAAUCUCAAGGACGUCUUCUGGAAUGCCCUGAUCAUGCGCGGCCAGUUUGAGGCGUCAAUGGACAACUUCAUCAUCCAAUGGCGUUGGCCCAAGGAGCCCUUCGACAUCGAUACGAUGACGACACCCAGUGGUCACUACUCAAACAAGGGAGCGCCCGUUCAGUAUACUAUCCUUCCUGCCAUUGUCCGCCACGAUUAUGGAAGCAAGGGUCCAGGAAUCACAGCUUUCCGAGCCAUGGUGAGCUUGAAUUCGAAAGACAUUGUAGGUAUCAGCAAAAGAGGUUAG